UUUAUUUUCGUAAAAAAUUGAAGAUGGGUUCGACACAAAUUCCGAGGCGGAGAAAAUAUGACAAAAAGUUUUUGAGCAAAAACAAAUCUAUCAAAAUUUACAAGGAAAAGAAGAGUAAAAUAGAAUGCUUUCAAAAGGAAGUCGCAGAAUUAAAGGCAAAAUAUGAAGAGCUAAAUUCUGAGAAGAUAGAGAAGUUUGACGACUUUCCUUUAAGUUUUAGAACCAAAAAAGGUUUAAAGGUGUGUGGAUAUGAAUUACCUACUGAAAUUCAGAAAGAAUCCAUAGUUCUUGGACUAAAGGGGCAUGACGUACUUGGUGCUGCUAAGACCGGCUCAGGCAAAACACUUGCUUUCGUGAUACCCCUGCUGGAGUGUUUGUACACCUCAGGCUGGACAAUCUUGGAUGGGCUGGGUGCCCUGGUGAUCACACCUACCAGAGAGUUGGCAUACCAGAUCUAUGAAGUACUCAACAAGGUGGGACAGAAUCAUCAAUUCUCCGUUGCUCUAGUCAUUGGAGGCAAGGACUUGGCUCGAGAACGGAAAUUGCUUGAUAAGUGUAAUAUUUUGAUUUGCACCCCAGGACGUUUGCUACAGCACAUGGAUGAAAAUCCACUUUUAGAUGCAAUGAAUCUUAAAAUGCUGAUAUUGGAUGAGGCAGACCGUAUUCUCGAUCUGGGCUUUGCUAAAACUAUGAAUGCCAUCUUAGAGAGUUUACCUCAAGAAAGACAGACCCUCCUUUUCUCUGCUACUCAGACCAAGUCAGUUAAAGAUUUAGCCAGAUUGAGUCUAAAGAACCCAGUGUAUGUAUCUGUCCAUGAACAUGCUAAGUUUAGCACGCCUGAAAACCUCACACAGAGUUAUAUUGUUUGUGAAGCUCAUUUAAAAGUGGAUCUCAUUUGGUCUUUCCUGAAAAGUCAUAAAAAGCAAAAAAUUCUCAUUUUCAUGGCAAGUUGUAAACAAGUGAAAUUUGCUUACGAGAGUUUCUGUCGCCUAAAGCCUGGAGUGAGCGUUAUGGCCUUGUAUGGCUCUUUGCACCAGCUCAGGAGGAUGAGCAUUUACGACGAGUUCUGUCGGAAGAACCAUGUGGUGAUGUUCGCCACAGACGUUGCGGCCAGGGGACUGGAUUUUCCGAACGUGAACUGGGUGGUGCAAAUGGAUUGUCCUGAAGAUGUCAAUACAUACAUCCAUAGGGUGGGAAGGACAGCUAGGUUUGAGAAAGGAGGUGAAGCUUUGUUAGUACUCCUGCCAUCUGAAAAGGAAGCUAUGAUCAAACAUUUGCAGAGUAGAAAAAUCCCCAUUGAAGAAAUUAAAGUCAAUCCAAGUAAGCUGCGCUCAGUACAGAGAAAACUGGAAGCCAUUUGUGCUCGAGAUGUGAAUCUAAAAGACUCAGGUUCUAGAGCUUUCAAGGCAUAUUUGAAAAAUAUCUUCCUCAUGAAGGAUAAAUCUGUUUUCAAUGUAGCAGAAAUAAAUGUUGAACUUUAUGCGAAAUCCCUUGGUCUUGCCUUUGCUCCCAGGAUACGUUACUUGGAGAAACGCUUGGCAAAUUUCAAGCAACUUCCUCGUCAGCGUGGUGGGGAUCAGUUGACAAACAGCAUCUAUUCCAGUGACGAAUCAGAAGAUGACUUGCUGAGACCCAAAGGAGAAACUCUAAUCUUUGAGGAUGACCCCUUGAAAAAGGAUGAGGAUGAAAAACCAAAGAAGCCUAUUACAAAAGCAGCUUUGGCUAAAAGAAUGCAGAAGAAGAAAAUAAAGCCAAACACACUCAUCAGAUAUGACGAAGAUGGAGAACCAAUACGUGAAGUAUGUGGCAAGGUGGUUCCGGUGGUCGCUGCAGAGUUGCAGAAGGAGCUGUAUGAAGAAGGCUAUUCAAUAGAAAAGGCAAAAUUGCUGAAGGAGAAGGAAGAUGAAGUUGAUAAGAUGCUUUUCAAGGAGCGCAUUAAAUCCAAACACAGGGAAGAAAGAUUAAAAUUAAAAGAAAAAAGGCGUAAGACAAUUGAAAGUGCUCCAGCUGCAUUAAAAGAAUCGGAGGGAGAAGAAUCCGAUGAAGAAAUUGAUAACAAUUUAGAAGAUCUGUCCGAAUCAGAAGAAGAGGCAGAGAGCAGCGGAUCAGAGGAUAUGCAAUCUGAGAUUGGAGUGAAGAGGAAAAGAGAAUUCCUUGAAACUGAAGUCAAGAAACCAAGACGUUCUUCCCAACGUACAUUAGAAGAUGAUGAACAGUUAGCUCUCCUGUGCUUGAACAGUUGAGCCGAAACUUGCACCCCCCUGUAUAUGUAUAAUUUGUAAAUAAAUGGAUACUUUAACAGCAAAAGAAAUUUUACUGAAACCUUUAUAUCAACUAAUGGGUCCCAACAAGAAGGAUUGUAUACAAUUUGAAACUAGCAAAUAGUUUAUAUCGUUACAAUGGCUAAUUGUUCUGACUCGGAAUGCACCAUUUGAUCAACAUAAGUUUUUAUGCUGUGCAACACUUUCUAUCCGAGCCCUCUCUUACAAUGAUGAUGGAAUUGGCCAGGUCACCUGACCUUACAAUUCAUGACUACUAAUUUCUCUGGCACAUUUAAAAUUAAUAGGUUGCAGGAACUUAGUUCAAGAACUCUGUUGAAAAUUGUGUUAUCUACCAUGUUGAUAAGAAAAUCUAAACAGGUAGUUCAAAAUGAUAUGAAGAGCUGCAGGUUGUGGGAAGUGUAUCUCAAAAGUUGUUUCAUAUGCAAAUCGGAGCAUUUACCGAGUACAGUUUUGUAAAACUUAGUCAUUUCAUAUUAUAAUUUUUUAAGCUUACAGAGUGCACUAUUCUAUUUGCAAUUACUGAAUAUGCCACCAAGUGUGCAUCUUUGAGUGAAUUACAAGAUUCUACUAAUGCCAAAUAAAUAAGUUAAGGAUUUAUGCUUUAUGCAUUCUCCCAUCUAAGCAUACAUAUCAUAAAACUAAAAAAGAAAUGAAAUUCAUUUAGUGCAUAUUAUUUUAUUAACUAUGAACAUUAAUUCAGAAAUAAGUUUCUUUUAUUUUCAUAAUCAAGUUUAUGCCAGAAAAAGUUAAAAGUCUUAGAAGGUCUUCUUAUUUGAACACCUUUUAGUUCUUGUAUAUUUUUUCCCCCAGUUACAAAGUACAGUCGAGCCCAUUUAUUGGAAUAUUGGUUAAAAGAAUAUUUCCCUUAAUGUAAUAAAUUUUCAGUGUACCUAACUGUUGUAAUUUGUCAUUUUGAUCCCGAGUAAUGGAAUAUCCCACUGUUAAGAAUAACUUUUCAUGGAAAAUUGACUAUUGUAUUAAACUGGCUUGACUGUAACUUUAAAUUUUCCAGCGUUUUUUUUUUUUUUCAACAUCAUUGAACAUAUUUUUAAAGACUGGAUUUUUACAAUACAUUAC